GCACCACCAGUAGUACUGAAAAAUUCUCAAAUCAGGUUCGGAACUCGAAAACCGAAGAAGCCCUAGACCGGAUAAAGCUUCUGCUCCGGCCUUCAUAUUUCGUGCACGCCGGCGACGCCGCAGUGCCGCACGGGGGAGGGUGAGGCUUCAUCUUCAAGAGUUAGACUUCUGUGUAAUCCUUCACCGGACUCCACGCCGAUUUGAGGGCUUCAGUGCUUCACCUUUAGACUUCAACCUUCACAUUCGCGCGCGCGCAGUGCCACACUGCCGCACGGCUUGAGUGGGGGUGGCUUCAGUGCUUCACCUUCAAAUUACAGUGCACAUUGCACGAGACUUCAGUUCGCUGCAUCAUUUAUACCGGCGAAGAGUAAUAAUGCCAAUUUAAUGAUUACAACACUGAUGUUUGAAGAAUUCCUCCGUCUUUCUAUUUGCUCUGCUACUUCAUCUUUAUCUUUCUGUCCUCUUUCCCUCUCUAGUUUACGAAAAGCCCUAGCGUGACCUGUAGCUGCAGCUGCUGACCAGAUUUGAGGGACUAAGCCCUAGGCUCCAUGGCGUCUAAGAAAAAAGAAUCAGAAGGUAUCGCCUUACUCUCCAUGUACAACGAUGAAGACGACGAAAUGGAGGAUCUGGAUGAAGCAGACGCAGAAGAGGAAGAAUAUAAAACCGCAUGCCAUAGAGAGGAUGAUUCCAAUAACAAGGACUCGAUGGCUACUACUGAUUCUGCUCAAGAGAACACGCCACCGCUUGCUAUUGAUGAUUCAACUCCAAAAUCCAAUAAAUUUGGACCUUUGAGUCCGUCACAUUCUCAGCCUCCUCAAUCAUCGCCUCUGCCACAGCCACCUACUUUGGAGUUACAGAAGCACAGAAAAGGGAAGGUUACAAUUGUUGAUUAUGGGCACGAUGAGGUUGCAAUGUCUCCUGAGGCUGAGGAGGGGGAAAUAGUGACCACUAGCUGGGGCAUGUCUGAUCCAGAGCUCCAGACUAUUAAUGGUGAUGUCCUAGAAAAAUCUACUCCAGGAACCAUUCAGGUUUUAACCCCAAGCAUUCAAGCUACUCCUCAAUCUUCUGAUCAAUUAGAUCUGUCCCAUUCUGAUACACUGAACAAUGCUGUAAUUGAAUCAGAACCUGUGGGGGCUGAUGAAGCUUUCAAAACAUCUCUAGAAGCAGUAAAAGAUGUUGAUUUGUUGGAUAAGUUUCUUCCCCUGCCAUUGAAAACCAAAUGCUCCGAAGAGCUGCAAGAGAAAAUAAACAAGUUCCUUGCAUAUAAGAGAUUUGGAAAGAGCUUCAAUGCAGAAGUCCGCAAUAGGAAGGAUUAUCGGAAUCCUGAUUUUUUGCUGCACGCAGUUAGGUAUCAAGAUAUUGAUCAGAUAGGGUCGUGCUUCAGUAAAGAUGUAUUUGACCCUCAUGGGUUUGACAAAAGUGACUACUAUGAUGCGAUAGAGGUUGACAUGAAGCGUGAAAUGGAGAGAAGAGAGCAAGAAAAGAAGAAGAAUCAAAAAGUUGAAUUUGUUCCUGCAGGAUCACAACCUGGAAGUGUUGCGGCAGCUUCAAAAAUUAACUUGCCCAUGCCAGGUGUGUCGACUGUGGCUGCUAGUGGGUUGCCAUCAGUUCCAACUGCUGCUGAUGUGGGGUCUCGUGAUGCAAGACAGAAUAAGAAAUCAAAGUGGGAUAAGGUGGAUGGUGAUAGAAGGAAUCCUGUGCCACCUGCAGGACAAGAUUCUGCAUCUGCUGUUGGUGGACAUGCAGCACUUUUAUCUGCUGCUAAUGCUGGUGCUGGAUACACUGCUUUUGCGCAACAAAGACGGCGAGAGGCAGAAGAGAAAAGAUCUAGCGAAAGGAAGUUGGAUAGGAGAUCUUGAGCCGUAAAUUGUACAUUAUAGAGGAAAGUCGGUAGAUGUAUACAUGAUGGCUCCAAGGGGCGAUGAAGCUGGCCCUUCGCACCAACCAUGUAUUGUGAAAAAUGUUGGCUUGGAAUUGAAGUCGGUUGAUGUGAGCCAUCCUUUGUAUACUAUCUUUGAGAUAUUAGGUUAUACACUUUAAAGCAUCGAUUAUAUUCAAUGCAACAUUUUGUAAAAUGGGCAAAAAUGCUCAGGGCGGGGUUGCAGGUUUGUAUCAUAUCACGUUACAUCCUGCGUUUUUGUACAUGGGCAAAUCCUCUCUUCCUUCUUGCAUAAUGACUUGUAGAGAGAAUUGGUAUUAUACAAGGAGCGUUUGAUCUUAUAUAAAUCUACAUUGCCUCA